AUGCCUUGUACGCAUCAAGAGGUUCGAACAAAGCUUUGCAUCAAUAAUGUUGAAGAUCGUUCAAGUGUACUAUGUCAAACGCAUCCUUUACAAUUGGUUAAGCUUCAAUCACAUCCUCGAUUACGUUCUAAAAAUCUAGUACAAAAUCAACAGAGUAUAACAUCAAAUCAGCAACUUAUCUCUUCGUCAUCAUCAAUACAAAAGACAUCAAUUCUUUACUUGGAAACAGUGGCCACCAAGUGUAUCGUUAAAGCUCCAAAGCUCUCAACUUCCUCGACGAUCAGAAAAAGAUGUGCAAGUUCUAAUCAAUUUAUUCGCAACGGCGCUCGAAAAGUGAAUGCUGGUGUGUAUCUUGUAGAAAACGUUAAAUCAGGUCAUCGCUACUUUGGAACGACAUGGGACCUUUCUAAUGCUUCAGCUCAGUGUUUUCAUGAUCUUCAACGUGGCGUACACCCUCACGCUGCAUUAAAUACAAGCUUUCAGCUCAACUCUUGCGCAUUUCGCUUUCGCAUUCUCGAGCAAGUGAGUCCUCCAUUAUGGCACAAACCUCCUUCUUCUAUGAAUCAGAAAAGAGCGAAUCAAAGAAGAUUGAAGCCUUUUACACGUAUAUAUAAUUCUGAUGGUUUUGACGUUCGAGCCAUGGAGCAAAAGUUAGAGAAUCGAUUACGUUUUCAACGGCAGAAAAUCGUCAAUCAGGUUGCGAGUAUGAUCGUCCAGCUUUAUGUUAAAAAUGUUCGAAAACAAGUUUUGUUUUACUGGUUGCAUGCUAUUGAUAAUGACGUGGUUGCUGAAUGUACGGCUGCCAGUGUGGACGUUCAACGCGUAGUUCGAGGUUUUCUUGCUCGACUUUUGGUUGACAAAAAACGUCGUGAUUGUGCAGCACGCAAAUUACAGCAAUUCAUUCGAUUUUCUUUCCGUAUUAUACGCACUAGGUCAAAAGCUUGUCACCUCAAUCCUAAUGCAUCAAAUGUCCUUAAGCCAUCGUUGAACAUCUUUGUGAUUCAGCAUCGAGCACAUAGUAAAAUGAAUGAGUUGCGACAAUGGUUGGUAGCACAAAAGCUGAAAACUUAUGCUCGGAAUAUUGUAGCUCGUCGUCUUGUGAAUUGCUUGCGACUAAUGCAUCGUCAAAAUGUGGCAGCUAUUGAGAUUCAAUGCACAAUUCGAGGCCACAUCGCCCGUGUGCGAGUACAAAAAUUGCGACAGCAACGUAGUGAAUUUCAAGCAGUCACGAUUCUUCAAAAGAUGUGGCGAGGCUUUUUAACUCGGACGAUGUUUGCGGAGAAAAAUAAAGUAGCCAGAAGAAUACAAUUCGCCUAUAUACGAUGGAAAGCGCGGCAUGUACGAGAGCUCAAAAGAAAUGCAACGAUCAUUAUCCAGGCCUAUCGCAAUUAUGUAGCCAGAAAGUAUGUCCGGUUUGUAAUUUUAGAGCAAUUGAUGACUUUGAUGGUGCGCCAUGUAGUUAAUCAUUUUGAACGGGAGGAGGCUGCACUUGUCAUUCAAUGCUUGUCGCGUCGACGUCAAGCUCAAAAGAUGUUGUACAAGAUUGGAAAGCAAAAACAAUGCGUUCAAGCAAUUAUGAGAAUUCAGAGAGUCUGGCGAAUGCAUUGGACUUUACUUAAGUCGUUUGAAGUUGUUCAGACUCGCAAGCAGGAAGAUGCAGUUCGGCGGAUACAAGCUGUGUACCGUUCAUGGUUAGUACGAUGCGAAUACUUGAGAAAUAUCAUUUCUGUAAAGCAUACUCGAGUUGCUACAUUGACACAAAGUCGAUUUAAAGCACGACAGACUCGACGCAAGCGAUUGCGUCGUCAAAAAAAUCAACGUCUGGGUGUUUGUGCUUCAUGUCGCGCUCAUUUUACAAAUGUGUAUCAUUUGAAAGCAAGAAUAGAAUCGUGCGCUGUCUAUUGCAAUGCCAACAUCAAUUUCGAUGACGUUAAUAUGGCGGCUAGCUAUAUUAACGUCCACCGUCGUCUUGUUAAGUUUGUGGUAUCAACUCAACGUAGAAAUCGCUCAUCUCAACAUUUAAAACGCAUUCGAUUUCGUGCUUGUAUGUUUUGCGAGAGGCAAGCCGUUCGGAAAAGUUGCUUAUCCUGUUUGAGUGAUCACAGUACUCGCGAUUCAGCCAUGAGAUCAAUGGUUUAUCGACCUUACGACUUUUCGUCUGAUGGAGAAAACCGAUGUACUCGUGCGGGAUCUGAAGUUGACAAUAAUCAUCACUUGCUAAAGUCGUAUGUUGGUAAAAUCAUACAGUGUACACUACGAAUGUACUUGGCUCGAUGUAAGCUCAAACGCUUAAAAUUUGAACGAAACAGUGCCCUAAAGAUUCAACGUGUUUAUCGUCAGCACCACUCCAAGCUUCGAUAUGUUGCAGCAGUGUUGAUUCAGUCGAGAGCUCGUGAAUAUCUAGGAAGACGCGUGGCUGUUGGUUUAAAGCUAGAACGUCAGAAAGACAAUGAAAAUGCUGCUGCGUGCUGUAUUCAAUGUCAUUUACGUGGUCUAAUUGCACGACGGCAUAUCCUUCAUAUCCGUCAGCACACUGCAGUGGUGCGUUUGCAAUCAUUCCGACGUGGGUAUAUCGCGCGAUGUGAGCUACAAAUGCUUCAGCUUGAGAAUCAGCGACAUUUUUACGAUCAAUUGAGUGAAAAACUUCGGUUUAUUGCUGCCAAAGCUGCUGAUGAAGAAAUCGCAGCUAGGCGAAUUCAGAUCUUUGUGCGUAGACGAAAAGCCAGAAUCGAAUGCUUAAGUCGACGACUUGAGGCUGUCAAAUGCACGCGGAAGCUUCUUCAAGACUGUGUCGCAGCGCGUGAAGCGGUAAGUGCGAGCUGUAUACAACGAUUUAUGCGUCAACGUAUAGCAAUUACAAGCUUUCAACGCCUUCGCGCCCACCGCUGUGCUCGACGUUUUUUAAGGCGACGAAUGCUUAACCGGAUUCGUCUUGAAAAGCAAUCGGCUGUACGAAUCCAACGCGCAUUUCGAUACGUCUACGCAAAGCAGAGACUUACAAAUAUGGUUGACGUUGGUGAUACGAUCAAACUUCAGUCUAAAUGGGUCGAGUAUUUUGAUGAAGCAAGUGGACACGUGUACUAUUACAAUACAGAAACUUGUCAAAGUGUUUGGAACCGUCCAGAAGAGAUGGAAAUGAUGCUCGAUGACAGCAAUACUGAUCUUUAUGAUGAAUGGGUUGAAUAUUGGGAUGAAAGUGUUGAAGCCUCAUACUUUUAUAACGUCAGGACUGGUGAGGCGACGUGGACAAAACCGGAUGAGUAUAGCAGUCCCUACCAUUACACUGACGAAUCAUCAAGAGCAGAUGCAGAGUAUUACACUUAA